AUGUCCGCUGUGAAACGUACACAGGAGUCUUUAGACUCGGACGAAGAACAAAGUGACAGCGGAUUGGAAAGUGCAGGCUCAUCUCCCCACCCUCAAUCAAGAAAACGGCCUCGCAGAUCCAACACGCCAUCUGAACGAAAUGACGAGACCAGCGAUUCGGAAGCCAGCCCCCGCUCCUCCCCUCUCCCCGAAAAUGUCAUGAUGGAUGAUGAAGAAUUAGAGCUUCAUCAGACUCAGAUCAUCCAAGAGAAAUACGCUCAAAUCCACACUGAGGUCAACACAGCUUCCGACCACGGAAUUCUCGAGAGUGUCGACUGCUACAAUUUCAUGUGCCAUGAGCACUUUUCGGUGACCUUGGGACCCCUCAUAAAUUUCAUUUGCGGGAAGAAUGGCAGCGGUAAGAGUGCGAUCCUCACGGCAUUGACGCUCUGCUUGGGUGGCAAAGCGUCUGCAACCAACCGCGGACAGAGCCUCAAGAAUUUCAUCAAGGAAGGCAAAGAGAAUUCCAAUAUUGUCGUGCGAAUAAAGAAUCAGGGCGAGGGCGCAUACCGGCCAGAAGUCUUUGGAAAAUCGAUCAUCGUCGAGCGCCAUUUCAACCGAAGCGGAUCCAGUGGGUUCAAAAUCAAGGCUGAAAAGGGUAAUCUCAUUUCGACCAAAAAGGCCGAGCUGGAUGCAAUCACCGACUACUUUUCCCUUCAAAUUGACAAUCCCAUGAAUGUGCUAUCUCAAGAUUCUGCCCGUCAAUUCCUGAGUACCUCCAGUCCAGCGGAGAAAUACAAAUUCUUCGUUAAAGGUGUGCAGCUGGAGCAGUUGGAUCAGGAUUACCGGUUGAUCGAGGAGUCUGUCGAUCAGAUGGAAGAGAAGAUGCGAAAUACACGCGACGACAUCACGCAAUUAAAGAGCCAAAGGGAUAUUGCAAAGAAAAGAUUGGAAUAUGCCGAUAGAGGCGACGCCCUACGGGACCGCAUCAGAAACCUACGCAAUCAGAUGGCGUGGGCCCAGGUCGAGGAACAAGAACGGAUCCGUGAUUCUCUAGAACGAGAGCUCGCCAAAGCGGACGAGCUCAUUGUCAGGGAAGAUGCCGCUCUUGGGGGCUUUGAUGCCAGAUUCCAAGCCGUUGAGACAGAAGCUGAAACGGCAAAAGAGCAUGCAGACGAAGCCGGCAGAGUACUUGCGGAAGCACGAGGUAAAUUAGCAAUCAUUGAGGAAAGGCAGAGGGAAGAACGCAACCAGCGAACGGAACUUCAGGUCCAACAACGCCAGAUCAGGGAGUAUAUCAAGGAAGUGGAAGGUAGAAUCGCCGAGGGAGAGCGGAACAUCACUGCCGAAACCGAGCGCUUAGCUGAGGUGAGCAACGGAGGAUAUGCUCGCAAGCAGGAAGAGUGUCAACGGGCUGUGCGUCGUGCGACUACCGCUCGCCAGGAGUAUGAUACUCAUCGCGAGAGUGAAACUGGAUUGCGAGAAGAACUUCAGCGGGCUAGUAAGAAAGCGGAACUGGCGAAGGAGGCCUGUAAUGCCAAAGAAAGAGAUUACACUGAAGCUGAAGAACGCUUGCGGAGUCUCCGCAAACAAAAUGGUCAAAGACGGACUGGAUUUCAUGAAAAAAUGCCGACUCUUAAACGAGCAAUCCUUCAAGAGAACUCAUGGACCACGCCUCCCAUUGGUCCUAUUGGUGAUCAUAUCACCUUGCUCAAGGCCAAGUGGUCAUCCAUCCUUGAGAAUUCCUUCGGAGGUACCCUUGGCAGUUUCAUUGUGGCAACGAAGCGUGAUCAGAAUACACUUUCGAAUAUCAUGCGUCAAGUAGGUUGCACAUGUCCAAUUUUGAUUGGAACUGGUGGUGACAUUGAUACAUCUGCAACCGAGCCUGACCCCCGAUACGACACGGCUUUGAGAGUACUAGAGAUUGACCACCCGAUGGUCCGCCGACAGUUGAUCAUCAACCAUUCAGUAGAGCAAAUGUUACUAAUCGAAAAUCUGGAAGAGGCAUCCGCAGUGCUUUUCGACGGCGAACGGCCACUUAAUGUGAAACGAUGCUAUUGCAUCGAUGCAAGAGAUAGGCGCAAAGGGCACCAUAUCUCAUACAAUCGUUCGGGGGAUCCUAACCAGGCGCCAGUUGGGGUCUACCCUGGUAACCCACGCAUGAAAUCCGACGCGGCCUCGCAAAUCAGUGCCCAGGAAGAAGUGGUCCAAGAUCUGAAGCAUCAGUUGAAUGAUCUGAAGCGAGAAUAUCAAACUGCUCUUUCCUUUGUCCAGACAUGCGAGCGAGCACUUACUAGACACGAACGAACGGAACAUGAAUUGAAAGUGGCCAUGCAACGGAUGGAGGAUGAGUCUGAAGCUCUCCGGGAUGCCCUUGAUAAAGAGAACGCGGAGGAGGAUGGGCGCAUAGAUUCCCUUCAGGUUGCUCUGCAGGAAGCUAAAACGGACUUAGCAGUCCAAGAAGGAUCUUUCAAAGAUGCUCAGGAAGCCAUGAAAAAUCAGAUGCAGAUCAUGAGGGAGACUAUGCGAGAAAUGGGGAGACAGACGACCGAAGUGGAAGUUCUCACAGAAAACGCCCGUGUUGCAGAAAGUGAGCGAUCGGUCGUGAGCAACAAGCGGCAAGAGAUUCUCAGUGAAAAAAAUGCUGCCAUCGCUCGAAUUCAAAAGCAGAAAGAGGACAGAGACAAAAUCCACGCGAAGCGGGAGGAGCUUGUGGAGCGAGUACUCUCCUACAUUGAGAAGGCCAGCAUGGUUUCUGCGAGAGUUUCGGUUGGCGAAGGUGAUACCGCCGAAGGCCUCGAUUAUAAGCUUCACAAGUUGCAGAAUGACCUGAAGCACCACAAUCAACAUUUGGGUGCCUCGCGAGAUGAAGUCGCCGCGGAAGCUAGAAGGACGGAAGCUACUUAUCUACAAGCAAUAAAACAAAAUGAGGAGCUUACAGCGAUAGCUCAGACAUUGAAGAACACUCUUCAUGAUCGUAAAAAGCGAUGGGAGAUAUUCCGAUCCCAUAUUUCCUCUCGAGCAAAGGCUCAAUUUACCUAUCUCUUGAGCGAGAGAAGCUUCCGGGGUCGGCUACUUACUGACCAUAACAAGAAGUUGUUGGACCUUCAAGUUGAACCCGAUAUCACCAAAGAUGAUAGCACUGGCCGCGGUGCCAAAACCCUCUCUGGUGGUGAGAAAUCUUUCUCACAGGUCUGUCUACUGCUGGCCCUCUGGGAAGCUAUGGGUUCCCCCAUCCGGUGUCUGGAUGAAUUCGAUGUGUACAUGGACCAUAUUAACCGUAAAAUGGCCAUAGACAUGCUUAUGAUGGCUGCUCGACGUUCUAUUGGUCGACAGUUCAUCAUGAUCACCCCUGGAAGCAAGGCCGAUAUUACCAUCGCCCCCGAUGUCCGGGUAGUAGAGCUCGCUGAGCCGGAACGUGGUCAAACCACCCUACCCUUCCAAGGGAGAUGA